CUGGGUCCACGUUCUCAAGCAAGCAGGUUUUCUUGCAGGUCAUUUUCUUCUGAACCCAGUUUACUCCUGCCUGCAUUGGAGAAGGCGCCGAAAGCACGGAUCGUUAUUGUGUCGUCGAAAUGGCACCUCUACAGCAAAGCGCUAGACCUGUCCACUAUUGAUGACAAGAAGAAGUUCAGCGUGUUCGAUUCAUACUAUCGCAGCAAGCUUGCCAACGUGAUGCAUGCUCGUGGAUUUUCCCGAAAACUUCACAAACUUGGCAUUCACCAUGUUACUGUGAAUUCGCUGCAUCCAGGUAUUGUGAACAGUAAUCUGCCUCGAUACACACCUUUCACCAAAACACCUUUACGACAAAUAACUGCACCGUUCAGGUGGGUUCUUUCAUGCUUUCUUAUUUUCAUGUUCAUAUCGCUUGUAGGUCUAGUGGCACAAUAG